CAUGAUGCCUGACUUGAGGAGCAGCAGAGCACUCUGUAAGCGACACCAGUCUAAUUAAUUAAUGACUCCCCAGCAUCAGCUCGGUGGCUGCUGGGUUAGAAAGGAAGGCAGUAAAGAACAGCCAGAACCACACGCAACCGCUUCUGGUAAUUGCUGAAUGCUGCUGAGAGCUGGCUGGGUUAUUCAUAACCUCCUCUGCUUUGGGCUACAGCGCAGAAGUCAGAGAUAUACUAGAGAGAGAAGAUGGCGUGGGAUCCACCCUUACAGCAUCCUCUCUCUUGGGCGAGGUCUUUCUCCCUCUUCUUGUCCUGCUCGAGAGCUGCCAUGGCACAGUUAAUUGAGGCUACUACACAACCCCCGAAAAAGAAACCAGACCCGGUCACUUCGGAGACAGUGGUGAUCUGGGGGCUGCGCCUCUGGCAGGUGGUUGGUAUCUUUGCCAUCUUUGUCCUGGCAGUCAUCAUCACACUGUGCUGUAUCUUCAAGUGUCGAAUUCCCCGGACAAGGAAAGAGAUUGAGGCACGGUAUGCACAACGGCAAGCAGCCAAGUCAUAUGCAGACAAACUGGAGACGGUGCCACCACUCAACGAGCUGACAGAGAUCCCUGGAGGUCAGGCAGCAGAAGAAAAAAAGGAAGAAGUUCCCACUGUAUCUGGAAAAGUGGACAAGGCUCAGGGUAAGAAAGAUGGAUCCAAAGGCUCCAAGAAGAAGGAUGGUGAAAAGGAACAGAAAGAAGGAUCCAAGAAAGAAGGGAAGAAUGAGGCCAAAAAGAAAGAAGGAGAAAAGGGAGAAAAGGGAGGAAAGGGAGAAAAGGGAGAAAAGGGAGGAAAGGGAGAAAAGGAAGAAAAGGGAGGUAAAGACAGUGCUGACAAGAAACAAGGAGGUGGGAAGAAAGGUGAAAAAGAAGGUGAAGGAGCAAAAGCAGGAGGAAGCACCAAAACUAAUGGCAAGGCUGGUGGGAAUGCCAAAGCUCCAGCAAAAAAGAAGUGACCUUGCUAAAAGUCAGUACUGGCAGUCUUUCAAUGAAGACACUGUCAAAUGCUGUGGGUAGUGCACUGGAAGCAGAAAGGACAUGCUGUCUCCAUAUACUCCAGCUGCCGAGUGGCACUACAUGCGUGGAUUCAUUACCUUUUGAAGACCAAGUCACUGGGUAUUUUUUGUCCACCAAAGGAAAACCUGACUACUUGGCUAGACAGUAUCUUAUAAAUAAAAUGCAUUGUGCGGAGCUACAUGGUGACAACAACUGGAACCAAAUUGAAGUCUGGGGUGAGAAACGGGACUAAAGAUAAACAUGGAAAUGCACAGAGAUGGAGAGAACAAGAUUAAUUUAAAAUUUAUUCUUCUUGAGGACCUUAAGGAGUUUGAUGAAUAUUUACUGGCACUCGUUUUUUCCUAAAUAGGAUUUGCAUGUGGGUAAUUUUAGGGAUUAAGUAAAUUCUAGAUGCUAAAACCCCAAAGACUGGGGUUUUCUCAGUCAUAGCUCUGAGAGGUGGCUUGGACACAUGGGAGAAGGCUUUCCUUCCUUCUCACAUGCCUCUUUCUCUGAGCUGCUGAGGAAAUACAAAGAACUGCAUAUCUCCCAGAAGAUUUAUCCACCUUUUUCUCUUUUCUGAUGAGAGACAUGUAAAUCAAGCUGUAGGAGGAUGUGCAUAGAAUAAAGAGAAGCAGACUGCUUCUGUGCUGCUGUAGGCAGUAGCUGUUCAUCGUCUCUUCAGGAAAGGCAGCAGAUGAAAAGAGCCCUCUGGGAUGAAGGGAAUGUGGAGAUGCUCAAGGUGCUGUAACAGAAACUCAGGGUCUCAGUGGAGCAGGGCUGAAUAUCUUCGUGUUUUCCCUGAUCAGUUUUGAAACCAAGGAUUCUUGCUACACUUUUAUGUGGCUGUUACUUCUCUCAGCUCCUGGAAAAUGGUGUGGUUUCACCUGAAGCAGUUUUUUUCUUAGAGUGUUUUGUAAAUACCCAGCAG